AUCUAUCAAGUGUUAGAUAUGGCGAUUCAAAGACUAGUUUUCUGUUUUGCCUCGCUGGUGGUUCUGACUGCCAGUCCGGCCCACUGUGCUCCUCAAGGCUUCAUGACGAACUUUGGCUGGCCUGGCCAGCCAGACUAUACUCCACGUCUUCCAGCCCAAGCUUUCAUGCCAACUGAAACUGUACCUAACCCGGCACCUGCAAUGCCCAGCCUUUGGUCACCGCCAGCAGUUGCAGAACCAACGAUCAGACAAACGGACGUGGCCGUUCAACCGCCUAAAUUGCAUAAGCAGUUCCCUGUUCCUCAAUCUCGUCUAGCGAAUGGAUCAGCCAAUCGGCUCUCUAAACAGCAAACUAAAAUCAACGUCGAGCAAGUCACAACAGAAAAGCCGGUUUCUGAUAAUAACACUGAGGUAAGGAAACCAAUCAACGCGGUUGAGUCAGCAGUUGUGCCAGAGGAAAAACCUCAACUUCCAAAACUAGCCACAAAACUAACUCCGGAAGAAGAAACGGACGAUCAGCGAUUGUUGGAAUUUAUUCCGGCCGGAGUUGCUGCUUUGGGGGCCGCUUUGGGUCGUGAAGGAUGUCGUUUGAAAGCCGCCUGUCUCGCAGGGGGACUGAUACCUUCUUCUAUUCAGGGUCGUGACAUGAUGUUACUAGCCGCCGAAACACUAGUACCUACCGAAUGGAAAGAAGUGUUCCAAGCAGCCAAGUCGAGCAUGAUUGAAAGACAAGACUGCAGCAGCUUCACUUGUUUCUGAACUGAAAGCGAAAACCCUGGUUUUCUA